AUGUUCUCAAUUCCUAAUGAUAAAGCCUCGAGGGUUGAUGGUUAUAAUAGUAUGCUUUUCAAGGCUGCUUGGGAAAUAAUAGGAGAUUAUAUCUCUACUGCUGUGCCAAACUUCUUCAAAACUGGAAAAAUUCUUAAAGAACUCAAUUGCAUCACCAAGCUCUUAUGUGAGAAGCUAAGGCUGGUGUUGCCUGAUGUUGUUUCUGAUACUCAAGGAGCUUUCUUGGCUGGAAGGAGUAUUCUUCAUAAUGUCUUAAUUUGUCAAGAUUUAGUGAACAUGUACAGAAGGAGCCAGACAAUCAGAUGUUGCAUGUUUAUGUUAGAUAUCCAAAAGGCAUAUGAUACGGUCGAAUGGGAGUUCAUACAAGAAACGCUUCUUGGUCUUGAGUUUCCGGUCGUUUUCACAGGUUUGAUUAUGACUUGUGUCAAAAGUCCUAGUUUCACUUUGAUGCUAAAUGGUGUGCCUACUGGGGUUUCUUAA